AUGUCCACAUCUCCCAUGUUAAAAAGUGGAGACCAAUGGUCGGCAACAUCAUCAACCAACAACCUUCCAAAAACCGAAGGAACAACAACCGAUCAAACAAACGUUGUCGGCGAAGAAAACUUGCCAUCCUCCUCGACCACAUCAGCUACUGAACCCAUAAGAGCAGAAGAGGGUGUGGAAGGACGAGAUCAAACCUCGACUGUUCCUUCCACGACUCCUGAAACUACUACGACUUCCUCCUCACGACUUCAAGAGCCCUCUGCAAUGACCUUUGAAGAUGUUACCUCAACCACAAGCACAGGAGAACCCAGUGAGGAGCAUCCACCUAUCAUUACCGAAGAAGGGACAUCUCCAAUGGCACCAACGAGUACCACUGAAGAAGCAGGUGUUGUUAGUGGUGGUGGAAUGAAACAACCAACUACCACCACGACAAUGGGUUCUGCAGAACCCACCAGUGCUGCUCCUCCACACCUUGCCUCGACCACUGCCAGUGUAACCGUCGUGAGUGGUGAUGAAAAUACCGAUGAUCCACUCCGAGCCAAUUACCUUAAUAAGAGUUUUUAUCAUUUGAAUAGUGUCGAUGAUGAAACCAUUUCAAGUUAUUGCAAAUACUUUGGAGAGAAUGUAGAAGGUAUCACGUCCAAGUACAGAAAGCUCGCUCGUUUAAUUUCUCAUUACCCAAACUUUGUACGGAGAGGGAUGGAACGAUUCACUUUGGAUAAUUUGAAGGAGAUGUGCCAAGAGUUGAAUUUGUCAACGGAGGGAAAGAAGAGCAUUCUCAUUGAUCAUCUCUUUGAUUAUUACAUGAAUAUCCAUAAAGGAGACUCCCUCGAAAUGAUGGUUACCAAUGAAGUGGCUUCUAAGGCUGAAACAUCUACUAGUCCUCAAUUGAGAAAAUCCACUCGUACACACAAAAAGAGUCCCAAACUAGGAGAAGAGGAACAUGAGGAAGAGGAAGAAGAGGCAGCAGGUCCCACACGUGCUCCAAGAAAAGCCAGAACACAACGAAAGACUAAAAAGACUCAUGACGAAGAGGAAGAAGAAGAGGAAGGAGCAGUAGCUGAAGAAGAGGAAGAAACAACCACUACUCAGGGACCCAGUGGCUCUAAAAAGAGAAAGAUGUCUCAUGAUACUUCCUCCUCCACUCAGGAAACUAGCAUUACCAAGAGCGAGUUCUUGAGAUUGGCCAAAGAAUUGCGUUUCACGGUGGAUGAUAAGGAACAUGUGGCUCAUCAAAAAGGCGAAUUGCAUGGCUCUUUCGGAUGGCAUUACAGUGGAAAAUCGAAUAUUGUGUUGGAUCGUUACAAUGUUCCUGUAACCAUUACUUUGAAUGUGGUUGUGAAUAAGAGUGGAAGAAAAAAGGAGGAAUAG